AUGGAACCCCCGCCGUUUCAGGAAUCGUCGCGGUGUGACGUUUGCUAUUGCAGCUUCACCACAUUUCGCCGACGGCAUCACUGCAGAUGUUGUGGUCGAACAUUGUGUGCUGAGCACUCUUCAAAUCAAAUGGCAUUACCUCAGUUUGGUCUCUACACUCCUGUCAGAGUUUGUGCAGAUUGCUUUAACAAUUCUUCUAGAUUGAGCAAAGAUGAUGCACCCGCUGUUUCAAAUGGGAGCAGCAUUGUCACAGAUUCGAUUUCACGACUUGAUAUCAAUUCAGAUAUUGGGAAUAAGAUUGAAGAACCUGUAAAGGCUACCUCUGUCCGAGUUAUUCCAGAAUGCAAGUGUGGAAUGCCUUUAUGUAUCUGUGAAGCACCGGCUGCACCAAAGGAUAAUGUUAACUCAUUGAUGACAAAAAGUGCCGCUACUGUCAUGGUUCGUUCUAAUCCCAAACCAAAAAAAGUGGAAACACCACGAAGUAGAGGGUCCACAUCAAACAGCAAGCCUGGGACAGUUUUCAAUUCGGGUCAAGCCACUAAUGACAAUUUGGAAAUGGAUUAUGAAGCCAGUGGAGAGGGUAUGAGAGAGGCGAUAAAAAAUGGUGAUACUGCUGCUGUCAAGAAGCUUCUGAACCAGGGGGUGGAUGCUAAUUUCUGUGACAAGCAAGGAUUGUCCCUUUUACAUCUGGCUGCAGUUUUUAAUAAAACGGAUAUUGCUUUUGCCUUGAUGGACCAUGGAGCAAAUGUGCACUUCAAGAAUUCACAAGGUGAAACACCGCUAGAUUGUGCCCCUGCGACUUUGCAGUACAAGAUGAAAAUGAAGAUUGAAGAGAGCCAGAGAUAG